GGGCAGGAGGGCAGUGGGUGCCGGUGAAAGACGCUUUGCAGGGGAUUGGGAGUGGACGCCAGUGGCAGUAAGGAGUUGGGGAAGGGCAGCGGGCUCUGAGCUAGCAGGAGGUGGCCCAGCCACUUCUACAGACUCCCUAACCCCAGCCAGCUCUACCCCACCACUGCUGCCCUUCUCCACAGCCCAAAGGAACUUAAGAGGGAGAGCACAGCAGGCACGCAGCCAGGAUUUCCAGCAUCGCUUCCAGGCUCCUGGGGAAAACUUAGGCACUAGUGCAGAGUACGUCCAGACAUGGCCAUAGGGAAAAGUUUGCCUUGUGGCACACUGGAUAUGUGUCUCUUUCCUCUCUCCUCCCCCAGCAGGCAUGAAGACUCCCGACACACAGGAAGCCGAAGGGCAACAAACCAGGGCAGCUGCAGGACGGGCCACCGGGUCUGGAAACAUGACAAAGAAAAAAGUCUCCCAAAAGAAGCAGAGAGGCAGACCUUCAUCCCAGCCCCGCAGGAACAUCGUGGGCUGCAGAAUUUCUCACGGAUGGAAGGAAGGAGAUGAGCCCAUCACCCAGUGGAAAGGAACCGUUCUGGAUCAGGUGCCUAUAAAUCCCUCUCUUUAUCUGGUGAAAUAUGAUGGAAUUGACUGUGUCUAUGGACUGGAACUUCACAGAGAUGAAAGGGUUUUGUCUCUUAAAAUUCUUUCCGACAGGGUGGCAUCAUCUCAAGUUAGUGAUGCCAACCUUGCAAAUACCAUAAUUGGCAAAGCAGUGGAACACAUGUUUGAGGGAGAGCAUGGUUCUAAGGAUGAAUGGAGGGGGAUGGUCUUAGCACAAGCACCUAUCAUGAAAGCCUGGUUUUAUAUUACCUAUGAGAAAGAUCCUGUCUUGUACAUGUACCAGCUUCUAGAUGAUUAUAAAGAAGGUGAUCUCCGUAUUAUGCCAGAAUCCAGUGAGUCUCCUCCAACAGAGAGGGAGCCAGGAGGAGUUGUAGAUGGCUUGAUAGGUAAGCAUGUGGAAUAUACCAAAGAAGAUGGCUCCAAAAGGAUCGGCAUGGUCAUUCACCAAGUGGAAGCCAAGCCUUCUGUGUAUUUCAUCAAGUUUGAUGAUGAUUUUCAUAUCUAUGUCUAUGAUUUGGUGAAAAAGUCCUAACUGUUAGCGUAAAAUUUGCCACGUAUGUGGAAACAAAUGUAUAAUUUCUAGACAUGCAAAAAAUAUUGCUUUUCACUGUUUUGAAAGCUUAAGGAUCUUUCAUAACCCAAUAUCUUUGGUAGCAUUAACAGUUGUUUAGCUCUACAAAAUACAAACUUGUGUGUACAUGA